AUGUCGGGUACAGUAACACCGAGCCAACGUGCUUUCGUUGGAAAGAGGAGCAAAAUGACUGCUGCCGAUGUUCGUCGUCACAUAAUGACUGGGAGUGUCUUAGUGCAUUCUGUGUCAUUGGACAAAGCAAGUGGAUCCUUAUCAUUGUCUUUGUUGGAUGUCGUUGAUCCAUGUGAUAUUGAAGAAGCUUUAGGACAGCGGAAAACUACACAUAGAAAAGUAUGUGAAUUUCCUUCUGACGAUAUAGACGUUCGUUUGGUUGAUCGCGAAAUUUCAACUUUGGACUAUCCGUUCAUCAAUGAUAUAGCGACGAAAAAAAUUGAAUCGCAUGUGAAGGAUAUAUUACUCUCGUACAAUGGCAAGUUUUCUCUGGUGCAAAGAAGGCAUCAACAGUUCGGAUCUGGCGAAGCAUAUAUCCGUAUGAUGAUGGAGCGUCCUAUUAUAGCGAGGACUUGUGCAAAGCCAAUUUUCGAAUUCGAAACUGGUCAUUCUGACCGAAUUGCUAGAAGUGCGAGUUUGCUAGCAGAUGGUAAUCCACAGGAAAACUUGAUUAAAAGACUUUCUUGCGCUUCCUCAGCAUCUACUGGAACUAUGGGAUCCUUGGAAGGAGAAUUGCGUGAACCUCGUUUGCACAUGAGCCAUCCUGAUCCUAUAAUUGCUGGAAUCACCCAGAAAACGAGUUAUGCUCUGCUUGAUCAACAGAAUGAAAACAAAAGAAAAGCCAACAGAUCUAUGAAUAUUGUUAAUUUAUUGCCUAUGCAAAUGGAAGACGAAGUAAUUGAGCGACGGUCUGCUCCCUCCUAUCCCGAAGAUAAAGACUCGGGACACAAUUUGUUGAUCAAAGUUAUGAAGUUAAGCAUGGAGCCUACAUUUGAACCUGUGUUUGGAUCAAUGGCUAUUUAUGAUGCUAGAAACAGAAGAAAACUGACUGAGAGCUUUUACUUUGAUGUUAAUUCAGAACAAGUUCGGAGUAUGUUGAAGGAUGGUACAACUUAUUCGGGACCUCAUGGCAGAUGCAAUCAUGCUUCCUUCUUUUUCAAUGGCAAUGUGUCGGACAUAUUUAUAGUCGUUAAGCUGGAAAAGGUUCUCAAUGCAUGUGAAGUAUCUGAUGCUGUUGAUGCUUACUGUUCGCAAAAAGAUGAAAAAUCUAAGGAAAAGCUCUUGCUUCAAGCAACAGAGUAUUGCUCCAGAUUAGGAAGAUAUAGAAUGCCGAUGGGCUUCAUGGUUGUGGAUGUUCAAAAGGUGCUUAACAGUGCGUCGUCUUUGGAUAAGACAGAUAUGACUGCUUCAGCUUUUGCUUGCGGUACUUCUUUUAGUGGAGGAGAUGCACCUUUGGCCUCUUCAGAGAGUGAUACAAUGAGCAUCAUGAGUGUUGAUCGUGUUUCGAUAUCAUCAACUUCAACAUUCCGUCGAAUGGGUAGUGGUACAUCAGCGUCAACAAUGUUCACGCGGGUGCGAACUCCAUUGCAGAAACGUAAAAACUUAGAUGGCGAUGAAGGUGUAACACUGACUGAUCAAAGUGGAAAGAUAAGUGAUGCAUCAUUGUCAAACUUACAGACUUUCACUUUGUCUUUGAAUUCCUUCUUCCGUUAUGAAAAUGAUAAGAUAUCCGAAGAAGAUUUGUUCAAGCUUCUUAGUGAAGCUAGAAAGGCAGGCGGCAAGCUGACUAAGCUUAAAACAUUUCCAGUUGAUCUAGUUCUCCAACUCUCAGGUGGAAGUAUUGGUGAAGAUAUCUCUCGAAGAAUAUCUCCUGAGUUUCUACGUGUUGCUCCGUUUAGUGAAGCUGGAGGGGACUUGUUGAAGGAAGUUCAGAAAUUUUCCUGCAAAGGAAAUUAUGCAGUUUUGAACUCUUACAAAAAUCUCCUUUACAUUUAUCCGAAGCAUGUCAAUUUUUCGAGUAGACAAGGAACUGCUCGAAACAUUUCGAUUCGAGUGGAGUUGAUGAAUGAUAAAGAAGUUCCUCAGCUUGUUGUAUUUCCUAAUAAUGCCGGAACUUCGCUGAGUAGUCAUGGACAGACAACGGUUAUCUAUCAUAGCAAAAUUCCACAAAUGGCAGACGAAGUCAAAAUUGCUAUUCCUGUUGAGCUUGAUGAUGGCUUUCACCUGCUGUUCACCUUUUAUCAUAUUUCGUGCAAAGCUGGAGGAAAGGAUGAGGAGUUUGAAUAUCCUAUCGGCUAUUCAUGGCUUCCACUCUACCGAGACGGAAAGCUAACUUCCGGAGAUUUCAAUCUACCCAUAUGCAUCGAACGUCCUCCAAAUAGCUAUGGAUAUCUUGAUCCUGAAGGAGCUCUACCUAAUAUCAAAUGGUUAGAUGGUCAUAAACCACUAUUCAAUGUCUUCCUCAGACCGGAAUCAUCAGUUCAUCCACAGGAUGAACACCUCGAAAGGUUUUUUGUCGCUGUUUCAUCAUUGACUUGUACGAACAAGCGCGCAGUGUCAUUGACUGAGGAAGCUCUGAUAGCUUCGAUCCGGGGAAUUUUGAAAGCAAGACCUGAGCCACUUGUUGCUUUUCUCUACAAUGUUCUUGAUAAGCUGGUUCUUAUGAUCACUGACACACCCUUCUCCGAAGCAGUUGCGAGUGCUUCAUUCGAAACUUUAGGCCACCUCGCCAAGAUUUGUACGAUUCUGCUGGAUUCAUGUUUGGAUAACCAUGGGCGUAGUUCACUUCUUGCCUCUUACGUUCAUUUCUUCAAGGUAUCAACUAGAGAGCCCUCAGAGAAGUCAUUACAAGCAAUGAAACCUGGUGACAAAAAUCGAACGAACUCCCCUGAGACACAAAAGCUUUUCAAUAUAAUUGAAGGAGUUGAGCGUGCUUCAAAUAACAAAGUUCUGGUUGAGUCAGCAAACGUAUUGAAUUGGAAGUUACUUCAUGAAGAGCUAGCUGACCUAUGGGUUCAGAGUUAUGGUCAAGCUCGGGAAAUGGCUUUCUUGAACGCCUGGUUCCUGCUCGAGUUGAUGUUAAAAUCAAUGGCGGAGUAUCUGUCAAAUACUGGCCGUCUGUAUUUGGUUAGAAGGUCGAGGUUCGCCGAAAAGUAUUUGAAACUUCUGGAGUCCUUAUCGAAUGCUGUUCUGGCUGAUAUGAACAACAGACUUCAGAAAGAUGCUCGACAAGCAUUCUCACUUGCUCAUAGCUGGGCAUUCUUUCUAAGAGACGCCUUCUCUUUGAUGGAUCGUACUUUCAUCAUGAAACUCGUUAAAGAGUUUGUCCAGGAUGUGACUUCGAAAAUCUUGAACACUACUGAUUCACUGUCAAGUACUUUGAUGCUUAUAAAGCUUGAUUUCAUAAGAAUCAUCUGCUCACAUGAGCAUUUCGUUAUUCUCAACUUACCCUUCGCGCCUACCUCUCUCUCCACUUCUACAUCUUCUAGCUCCGUCGGGUUAACGUCAACGCAACUUCAACCUCCUAGUCCUGGAGCUUCUAGUUUAAGCAGUCGGUCGAUUGGGACCGAUUCUAUGGGUUCAUUUGGAUACGGUUCUGAUCAGUUGAACCCUGAGUUUCGAAGAUUCCAUUUCCUAGUAGGAAUCGUGCUCUCCGAUUUGAGCUCUGUUUUAGAGUUCUCUAACUCAACGUUACUAUAUGCCAAAGCUAUUGGUACGGUCCGAAACCUUAUUGCCACUCAUGAAGCGGAUAAUCGGUUGUCUGAUAUUUCUGUUCUUUCUCGUGUAGCUGCUCUCUACUUUCCUCUGAUCAAUAUUGUUAUGGACAAUGCUUCUCAGCUUUUCAAUACAAUGAAUCGUCCGAUAACUUUCGACAGAAGUCGUCUAUCGAUGGAGUCAAAUAUGGAAAAUGGUUCUGUUGAUCCGAAAGUCGCUUUGGCUAUAGCUGGCAUAGGAUCUCAGAACCAACCUACCAUUACUUCAGCCCAAGAAAAAGAAAAAAAGGUUGGAUUCAACCAGGAGUUAUCUCGACAGCUCUUAUCGUGUUACUGUUGGGUACUACAGCAUUUGGACGAAUCAGUGUUACGCCAAUGGAUACGGGAUUUGCCCCCAGUGCAGUUGGCUCAGUUCAUUGGAGUACUGGACCUUUCUAUCCAUUGUUUCGAGCUCAAACCCACUUCUUCUACUGACCUUCCUUCAACAACCAGUGAAAUCGCAAGCACUCCAGAAAGCAAAUCCCAGGUCAAAUGGAGAAAAGGAGUUGCUGUGAAAGUGGAUGCAUUAUCUAGUCCAGCUUGUCAUAACGAAGUUAUCAUGGAAGGCUUGCUCAGUUCAGAAAUAACUUUGUGCGUUUUGGAAGCUUAUGAAUCGAUCAUUCGUGUGGUUUCAAUGCCGGGAAAUGAUCAUCUUUACUUCUCCAUUUCAAUGGUUUUUCGUGGCAUGAUUCAUAUUCUCAGCUGCAAUCAGUCUGUUGUUGCUCUAGAGAAUGUUUUUGCUAGUUUAAGAGCCUUAUUCCUAAAAUAUCCAGAAAUGAUCUUUGAGCAGGAAACUGAGCAGUGCGCUGAGCUUUGUCUGCAACUUUUAAAGCACUGUGCCUCUCGCCUUGCUCCAGUUCGUUCACAGGCUGCUGCAAGUCUAUAUCUGCUUAUGAGAGAGAGUUUUGACAGCGGAAACAGUUUCGCACGACUCAAAAUGCAAAUAACUAUGGCUCUUUCUACAUUAGUAUCGAAUGGAACUAGAGCCGGCAUGUGGCUUAACGAAGAUUGCCUCCGUCGAAGUUUGAAGACUGUUCUAAUCUAUGCUGAAACUGAUUGCGGGUCGGAUUCUAUAAUGAGAAGUCAAGCUUGCUUCUCCGAACAAGUCAAGGAUUUGAUUUUCAACCUGCACAUGAUUCUAUCAGAUACCGUAAAAAUGAAAGAGUAUGCUAAUGAUUAUGAGAUGACUAUGGAUUUGAUGUAUCGAGUUGCGAAAGGCUACCAAAACAAUCCCGAUUUGAGGCUUACGUGGCUUCUCAAUAUGGCUUCAAGACACACUGAGAAAGGGUUACAGUGUGAAGCUGGGCAGUGCCUCCUUCACGCCUCCGCUUUAGCAGCUGAAUAUAUAGCGAUGACAACUACAGCUGGUUACUUGCCAAGUGGGGCGGUCGAUUUUCACUCUAUAAGCGCCAACAUUCUCGAAGAAAGUGCUGUCAGCGAUGAUGUCAUUAGCCCUGAAACUGAUGGUGUUUGUGAAUCCAAACAUUUUACUUCCAUUGGGCUCGUUCAGUUGAUUGAUAAGUGCGCAUCUUAUUAUGAGAAGGCUCAAAUGUAUGAACUGCUCCCGGACUUGUUCAAAGUUAUUGAACCUACUCUCCGAGAAUGGCGUGACUUCAGGCGCUUAGCUUCAAUACAUGCACGGUUAAGCGAUUGUUUAUCUCGAAUCGAACCUUCUGUUUCAAUAGUCGAAGAAAAUUCCGAUGCUUGGUUGUCUCCUCUACCUGGUUCGGAUAAACGUUGCUUUGGGACUUACUUCCGCGUUGGAUUUUAUGGUUCGAAAUUUGGAGAUUUGGAUGGUGAGGAAUUCAUAUAUAAGGAACCACCGUUUACAAAGCUCUCGGAAAUUAGCAAUCGCCUGGAGCUGUUCUACACUGAACGUUUCGGCAAAGGUGUUGUGGAAGUGAUAAAAGAUUCGAAUAACGUAUCUCGUUCCGCUCAUCAACCUAACAACGCGUACCUGCAAAUCACAUAUGUUGAACCUUACUUCGAUAAAUGGGAAAGAAGAAGGAGACCAACACAUUUUGAGAGAAGUCACAACAUCAAUAGGUUCAGUUACGCGACACCUUUCACUCGAGACGGUCGGGCUCAUGGAGAUUUGAAGGAUCAGUGCAAGCGAAGAACAGUUUUAACGGCGCAACAUUGUUUCCCUUACCUGAAAACGAGGAUCAGGGUGAUCUCAAGAGAGCAAAAAGUACUGCUUCCUAUUCAGGUGGCUAUUGAAGAUAUUGAGAAGAAAACUAGAGAACUAUCUGCUGCUAUCGCUCAAAACCCACCUGAUGCGAAAAUGCUUCAAAUGGUUCUACAGGGAUGUAUUGGGACAACAGUUAAUCAAGGACCCAUCCAAGUUGCAAAUAUAUUCUUACGGGAAGUGACAAGGGAUGACAAAGGAAAACCUGUUGAUAAAUUUCAAAACAAACUGCGUUUGUGCUUCAAGGAUCUUUCGAAAAAAUGCUGUGAUGCUCUAGCUUUGAACAAGCAACUGAUUCAGCCAGAUCAACAAGCUUACCAGAACGAACUGCAAAGAAAUUAUAACGAGUUCCUGAAGCACAUGUCGCCCAUUCUGGAGUUCAAAGACACGGAAAAAACCUCUGAUGGCUUAUCUGUCUCAUUAGAUAUGGGACCAGCGACUGAAUUUUACAUUUCCGUUCCAUGA